UGCGGUAGGAAACAGCUGCGGCGCAGUUAAAAACCACAAAAAAGACAAAGAUGAGAAUCAUGCUAUAAGUAUGUCCGAUAGUCCAUAUCUCACAAACAGUCUGGUUCUACUUCUCUUCGGAAGGGGUUCACUGCAGCUCCAGAAUGAAAGUAACAAUUCCGUUCGUUAUUUGUGUAAUCUGUGCGCUUCGCAGCCAUGAGGCCGCAGAUGUGUCCAGCGUACCAGUCAGCUCCGACGAUUCCACCAGUACUAGCGAAAACUUUACCUGUGAAAGCCUUCUUGGCAAACUGGAAGAUCUCGAGGGCAAAUUUUGGAACAUGUGGCUUGAGAUGAAAGAACAAAACGAACAGAUUAUGCGCAAGCACAGCCGCCUCGAAGAUACCCACCAAGGAAUGAUGUGGAUGUUGACCAGACUGGAGCAAGCUGUGGGUCACAAUUUUACGACAAUGUUGGACCGUGCAUGGGAGAUUCAGCAGCAGCAGAUAAGUUGUGCCAACCAUGAGAACUGGAAAGAGUCAGUUCUCGCAAUGUUACCGGAUAAGAAGUCGAAAAGCUGCCCCAAAUCGUCGAGCCUCCCGAAAUUAUUCAAAUCUUGCUCUGAAGCUCCAGCGAACAAAUCGGGAAAGUAUAUGAUACAUCCCGAUGGUUUGGAGGAGCCAAUUGAAGUGUAUUGCGAACAGAAAGCGUUCGACGGAGGAUGGCUGGUUGUGCAGUAUCGUUUUGAUGGAUCGGUUGACUUCUACCGGAACUGGACGGAGUAUAGAGAUGGAUUUGGAAGUCUUGAGGGAGAGUUUUGGAUAGGGUUGGAAAAACUUCAUCGAUUGACAAAGGAUGGCGACUAUCAGUUGGCCGUGGAAUUGAAGAAUUUCGACGGAAAAUACGUAUCAGCACAAUAUGAUGAUUUCGAGAUUGGGACUGCGGAUGAAGAAUAUUCAUUAAAAAAGUUGGGAAGCUAUAGUGGAACCGCUGGAGAUUCGUUAAGUUAUCACAAAGGAUAUAAAUUUUCGACCAUGGAUAACGAUCAUGACGAAAUUAAAGAGAAUUGUGCCGUAAUAUAUAGGGGUGCAUGGUGGUACAAUAAUUGUUAUUACAGUAAUCUCAACGGACUAUAUCAAAAAGGAGAUGAUGGAACACAUCUUAACUGGUAUCAUAUAAAAGCCAACCACGAAGGAUUAGCAUAUUCUCGGAUGAUGAUUCGUAAAAUAUGAUUUAUCUUUUACUACAAUAGAUAGUAAACUCUCUACCGAAAUUUACUUUAGAUAUAGUUUCUUGGCUUCUAAAAGCGGUCAUGGUAAUUGAUAUAAACUAUUAAUAUGAAAUGAAAUGCAAUCAAAUUUUUUUUUAUUCUUUGUUAUAUGUAGAUAUUCAUACAAUCUAAAUAACAAUACAGAUCAACAAAUACACAAUUGAUUGAUUGACAUAGAAAAGAGUCUCUUAAAUGUGGACUUUAUCCAACUAGCAUAUUAAAAUUAUAUCACUUGAACAUGUCGCCCAUGUUUCACACCUGGCCCAGUCCCGUUCCACAGCUACAUAUGUAGAACCUAUUAUCGAUCAGCUUAAACCAGGAACCUGCACAAUAAAGUCCUUACCCGAGCACGAUCAAGGAAACGAUGUCUGAUUAAACUUGACAACGACUUCUAUCGGUAGGUCUACCAGCUUUUUUUCUUUCGAUGUAGGUUAUAGGUAAGUAUGUAUAAGUAACUAGUUUUCUACGCGGAGGACCAUCAUCAGAUCAAUACAGAACACGAAGGGUGAAUGGAGGACAACAACCAGUCAAAGUCAUCAGAGCAAGAGCCAAACAAGCGCCGCCAACUCUUGAAGGGGAGAACACACUGACUGGCUGUAAAAAAAAGAAACAAAAUAUUUCUUUUAUUUACAUUCAUCCUUAUGUUACUGGAGAUCAGAUGCUCGAACAUGUUUUGUUGCCUUCUGUUUAUAUGGCUCGCACGCCAAUUUUCAGUAUUGGUGGGCAAGGUACAUAUUGGAGAAAUUUAUACAAAAUGCUCCAUAAGCCUAAAAUGCUGAGAACUUGAAAGGAAAAAUACAUAAACGACAGCGAGAUUUUUUACAUUUAUUUCCAUCAGAGUGACGUCUCACCCCAAUCUCCCCUAGGGUGGCUCUACACACCCGAACCGGCUCGACACUUGGCACUUAAUGUCGUCGAAGCAAGUUUCGCCGCGACUGAGCGCCAAGCCUUCUCUCCAAUCCUCAGAGUGCAUUCUGUUGGUCUUCUGGUCUUCUGAUCAGGUCUGGUGAAUGGCGUUGAAUUGUUGUUUGUGAACGGCGGCGAUCAGUUUGCUGGCGCUGGAGCGACCGACCAUAGGUACCUAGGGCCCCAACCCGAGUAAACAGUGAGAUCGAGUGAAACGCAAACCCAUGGGGAUGGGGUGAAUGGGGAGGAGGUGAUUGGAAUUUCAAUAUCACUGUAUAAUUUAUUGCACUGUGCUCCAAUUCGUUUCACAUACUUGUUGGUUGACACUUGACAGCCCUCUCGUCAUCGGUGGAUUGAUGGAUUUUACAACUGGAGAGAGCAUUGGACAACGGUGUGGUUUGGACAGAAUGUUGUUCGGUCACUGCACAACAGUGACAGUGAAAAUUUUCUGCUCGAUGACCAGCAGUAGCACACUGACUGAAGAAUGGGCUUUCACCCGUUGUUGUUGGUUUUGUUUGUGAAAAUGAGGUAUUCGUUUAGAAUGCAGCCCAAUAACAUAUAGUUCAUAAAAAUAAUGUUUAGGUACAACCGAAGCUAUUUCCUCGUGGGUAUUCAGCAAGACCAUGGUGAUGAUGUCUGCUUCGGUUCCCGAUUGACCCAGAAACUUUUGUAAGCAUCUAUGUAGCGCUGAAUCUGCCCCACAGAAUACACUCCAUUACACCGAAAGCCAAAAUGGUGAGUCGGCAAGGAGUGUCCAACAUAGCUCUGGCCCAACAUAGUCUCUACCUCAUGGGUCAAUCGAUGACAAAGACCGCCUGUUAAGAGUUGUGUGCUUAGCCUGGGCACUGUUGUCCGUCCCAAAAAAAUACAUUAGAAAAACCGAACGUUGUAUUGUAACAGUACUAUUUUAAAUCAUAUUUUUACAAUAGACAGAACUGUAAAAAUAAAAAUACAAAAACCGAUGAGAUGUAAUGUAGACACCAUACAGCGAAUUGUUAAUAAGAUUUUUACAAUAUAUUAUACAGAUUGUUAAGGGCUGUCCAUAAACCACGUGUUCAUUUUUUGGGAGAUUAUGAACAAUCCCCCCCCGCGUGGUUUUCCGUUCAUAUAAAAAAAUUAAAUUAGUAUGGACCGUGGUCUUUGCCCACUUUGCAAACUAAGCAUUAUUUGUGGUAACACUUUGUGCGGCAUGAUGGAACUAUGCCGAGCGCGCUAAGUGUUAUUAGACCACUGAUGUAGUUGCAUGAAGUGGGUGACGAGGUACUCAAGUAUCAUGACAGCGUGCUUAACCGUUAUUGCAAUAUUGAGACUUCAGUUUGACUAAAGUUUGGAAUACAUAACAACUCAAGAGAAAACUGUCAAGUUCGAUUCAAAUAUAAGUUCUGUUAAAAAGCGCUGCGAACCUAUAUUAGAAGUCGUUUCAAUGUCCAGUUUAGUUCGAGGUCCAGUCCAUAUGUUAAAGAUGGGUCUACGUCAGAGAUAAACUUUGUUAAUCGCAAGCUCACUUGAGAGAAGGGGAGAAAACUCCCCUAAAUGCAAAUACAGAAAAAAAUAGUGUUGAACUCAUCCACUGAUUGACGGUAAUCUGACCUGCGUCUUUCCGGGUUUACCUACAUUCGUAUUCUUCUCAUCGCACUCUACAUACCUUGUCUGCCAUACUUGCCUCUUGGAUCUGCAGUCCUUAGGACACCUUGUUUAUCACUUAUGUGAGCAUUCUAUGGACUUUAAAUAGAUGUUUCAACUUAAUCACUUUUUUCUCUUUCCUUUCCUUUGCAUAUAAAGUCACGAACAUCAACAAACCAAAACACGGAAAAAUCUAAAACUGAAUGAAUAAUUAAAAAUGCACGGAAAAAUAAUAUUUCGGAAAAGUGAAUGGUUCAAACGUAAGAAAAACAGUAUAAUAUAUUGUUACAUAAAGAUCGGAUGUAAAUGUAUAGUAGCUACAAUGUGCACAGCUUUUAGGAAACAAUUUCAUUACAAAUACACUUUAUUAUAGCUGAUACACUGUAUGGCACAGAAAUGGUUUUCACCAAACACCCUAUGGUUAGUUUUAUCCGGGUUCUGACUUAGCUUAGAUCAGUGGUGCUCGGGCUGAAGGAUACCGCGGGCCAAAUUUACAAUUCGUGAUUGACCGGCGGGCCUCAUAGAAUAUCGAUGCACUAAAACAACAAAAAGAACCAUUUCACAACAUAU